UUUUAAUUUUAAUGGUAACGGUAAUGGUAAUGAAAACGGUAAUGGUAAAGAUAAUGAUAAUGGUAAGAGUAAUGGGAAUGGUAACAACAAUCGUAAUGGUAAUUGUAAUGGUAAUGGUAACAGCAGUGGCAGUGGAAACGGUAAUGGCAAGGGUGAUGGAAUGAAAAUAGUAAUGCUAAUGCCAAUAUUAAUGGUUAUGUUAAUGGGAAUGGUAAUAGCAAUAGUACUGGAAUCUAAAAGUAAUCCUAAUAGUAGAGAUAAUGAUAAUAGUAAUGGUAAAAGUAAUGGCAAUGUCAAUAAUAAUUUUAUUGGUAAUGACUGUAAUUGCUCUCAAUUUGGUAAUGGUGAUGGUAAUGUUAAUUGUAAUGGUAAAGGUAAAGGUUAUGGUAAUUGUAAUGGUAAUGGUAAUGGCAUCAGUAAAGAAAAUCGUAAUGGUAAUUGCAAUGCUAAUGGUAACGGCAGAGACAAUGGAAACGGUAAUGGUAAGAGUGAUGGUAGUGACAAUAGGAUAAAUGGUAUUUAUAAUUGUAAUGGUUAUGGUAAUGAGAAUGGUAAUGGCAAUAGUAAUGGUAUCUAA